AUUUCUUCGCCCUGGGACCAACGACGCCAGCAUAACAACAACAAGAGUUGCAUUCGUGACGGCCGCCAAGCCCCAGCACGGGCAUGAAUGAUUUUGCAUUUGGAAUAACAGCAACAGCAAUAUUAACAGCAGUGGCAACAGCAAUAGCAACAUUUACAGAGACAACUGCAAUGAUGAUAGACAUAACAGCGGCAACAGCAGCCGAUGGGUAUUGUUUUAGUUUGCGCGUCCGCCAGUUUGUCUGUCGUGUCUGAGGUUUGAGUGGCGACAUUGUCAUUGAUAGAAGACAAAUCGCUACAACGAACCGAUUGCAUUACGGUCACCGGCCACACAGCAAGCUCCAAACAACACUUCACCAGCAGCAGCAGCACGUUGACUGUCACCACCUCAACCUCCCCACCAUAGUUUAUACCAUACAUUCGCACAUCGUUACCACUAAUACUCGAGCAAUCGGAAACAACUCAAUUGGCAGUGGUUGGCAUCGCAGCGCCUUGAGUUGACGACUUGGCCACUGCACGCCGCAUUCGCAGUUUUGUGUUGUUCCGCUGCGGCCGGUCACUAUUCGCAUCCGCAUCCGCCUAACACGUUUUUCUAAUUUUGCGCUGACCAAGUUCAAGUCGAAAUUAUAGUCGUAGUCGUAGUUGUAGUCGUAGUCAAAGUCAAAAUCGAAUUCGGCAUUGAUGUUAAUGUUGAAGUUCACUUCGCUACUUAUCUAACAUUCGGGCUUGUGACUUAGCGUACGCAUCCUUUAAAGCUUGCUGCUUCGGGCGAUCUCCAAUUGGUAUCUGCUGCGUUCGUUGACAACAAAGAGUGGCACUUCUUUAGUGACUCACGUCUAGCAAUCUUUCAGACUUCACCGUCGGCAAACGGCUUUAAAGCUUUCAAAGCAUUCAACAAAUUAAAAAUAGAAAUACGAUAUAUACCUAAUAUAACGGUUUAGUGACUUAAAAGGUGAUUGCUUAAACACUAAGAUGGCUCGUCAAUUGAAAACAGUUCACUUUAUUGAUAUUGUGAUUAAGUCCAGCUGCUGAAAAUAGUGAUCUGUGGUGCAAAAGUUAUAAUUUACAAAAGCAAGUGUAAAAUAAAAUAAAAAAAUAAAAGUUUCAUAGUAGUAACUAUAAAUUAAAGCUUACGAAAUUGAUCAAAUAUUAAUGUACUUACUAAUCAAAAAACAAAAAAAAAAAAACUUACAUAUAAAUGUUAUAGCCGAUUUCAACGUCUCUAGAAAAUUUCACAAAAUAUAAAUAAGCUUAAUAAAAUACAUAAGAAAAAAAAAAAACUCAGUAAUAAACUAUAAAUUCCAGUCACAAAUUAAAAACACAUUUCAAAUUAUCGAUUAAUAAAAAUGUUCAACGGCUUUUCAUAUAAAUAUUAAAGUACCUUAGGUAAUCAAUUACUAACGACGGAUAAAAUUAGUGCCAUAACGACACAGCGUUGAUUGCAAAAGCACCGUGCGGAAAUAGUGUUUGAACCCAAACAAAUCAGUGGAGCAUUCAAAGUGCAUACAUCUUAAAUUACCGUCGUAAAUGGAAAAGUUGCUUUUUGAAAUUCAAAUAGACCAAAUAAUAUUUGCAUAAACAAAAGUGUAUUUUCCACGAAUAGUUCCAAAAGUUCGCGCACAAAGAUAUUCAACCAACAUUAAAAAACAAAAGAAAAAUAAGUCGCUUCUAGCAGCAGAAUCUAAGUGAAUAAUCCAAUAAUUCUCUGCAAAAAUUUGUAUGUAAGCCGAUUCCUGCAGUGAGUUAGGGAAUUUCUAAAUAUAAAAGAUUUUGGGCAGUGAUUUUGCGCUUAAAUACAAAAAAUUAAUCGAUUUUCCUACUUAUCUGAAAAAAAAAAUUAGAAAAUUUGCAUAGCAAAAUUGCUAAAACAACAAACACAAAAACUUUUUAACAAAAUUUGCUCUUCAAUUUGACACCGAAUAUUGCAUUCAAAGCAAUUUCUAAACACAAUAUUAUAGUUACGGACCUAGCAAAUAAAGAAACUCCGUACGCUGGAGCCUUAAAAACAAUGCCAAGAACUCUUUAAAGGCAAAUCUUUUCGUAUUUCGAUUGAAAUCUUACACCUAAAGUCGCAAGAGUUCUAUAUCAUCUAUAUAAAAAUUUGAAGUGCGCAUCGGAGCAUCGCCAUUUCUGUUUACAUUUGGCCGUCGUUACCGCAAGCGCGCGCCAUUAACGCAAGCACAGUGAGUCAGGACUUUAGCUGUUCUUUAAUGGUUUCUGAGGAUAAUUGGAAUAGCGACACAAUGUCCGAUUCGGACAUGCUCGAUUCAAAGGCAGACGUUUGUGGUGGCGCCUCCAGCAGCAGCGGCAGUUCGAUCUCGCCCCGAACCCCUCCUAAUUGUGCCAGAUGCCGUAAUCAUGGACUAAAAAUCACAUUGAAAGGACACAAACGCUAUUGUAAGUUCCGGUUUUGCACUUGCGAAAAAUGUCGCCUAACCGCCGAUCGGCAACGCGUUAUGGCGCUACAGACAGCAUUGCGACGCGCCCAAGCCCAGGAUGAGCAACGCGUUUUGCAGAUGCACGAGGUGCCGCCAGUCGUUCAUGCGCCCACAGCUCUGCUCAAUCAUCAUCAUUUACAUCAUCAUCAUCACUUGAACCAGAAUCAUCAUGCGACUGCUGCGGCUGCCGCUGCUGCCGCUGCAGCACAUCAUCAUAUUUCGACAGCAAUCCGAUCUCCGCCACAGACCGAACAUGGCAGCGGAGGUGGUGGUGGCGGUAUGGUAGGUGGCACAGUACCGACCAUCACCUCUGUACCUGUCUCAGCUCCACCACCGGAACAUCAUAUGACAACAGUACCCACACCGGCACAAUCGCUAGAAGGCUCUAGUGACACAUCGUCACCAUCACCAUCCUCCACUUCGGGUGCUGUAUUGCCCAUUUCGGUAGUUGGCCGAAAGCCACCACUCCAUCCCAACGGUGUCAAUAUUCCUUUAGGUAAGUGGCAUUCAACCAUUAUUGCUAAAUUGUAAAAUAAUAAACUUUCGUGAGUAUAAUCGGAUUAGAGCCAAGGUUGCGAAAGGCUCGCCAGUUAUGCCGUAUCGCUACUUCGAUAGUUUAAAAUCAAUCACAGUUGAGCGAUUUGAAACACAAUGAUACAAUUUUAUUUAGUAAUUAAAGAGACAUUAUCUAGCGCGCUUUUAACUUGGACGUGAAUUGAAGCUCCCAAGCUUAGUCUCCGACUAUCUGGCUUUUCGCCAUCUGCAUAGUCCACGUGGUUUUUCAUUUGGACAUUCCUCGCUUUCCAUCAAGCGAUUUCUUCUAUUUACAUUUAGUUCCAAUACCUAAUUAUUUGAGCGCUAAAACCGUGGCCCCGGGCCAUCGCUAAUUGGCGUUAAUCGGUUCGCAUUGCGCAAGGAUAGAAAAUGGAAAAGGAAAAAACAAAAAAAAAAAAUCCUGAAUAUUCCUUUAGGUCUCUUCUAUUCGCCACUUUGCUGAUCGCUCACUUGUCGAAAAAUUUGCAAAGUUAUCGAGCAAGAUUCGUCGCUGGCGAGUAGGGUUAUAUCUCAUUCAACUGGUAUAACUCACAAUUUUAUAAACAAAUGUAAUUU